AAGGAGCAGCUGAAAGCUGACAAGGUUCCCCCGAUGACCGCCGCCAACGCCACGGCUAUUCAGGAGACACGGGCCGACGCCAGCGCGGUGCCGCGAAGGCUGCCAGGAACAACGACAGCAGCAGCGGCAGCACGUGCAUCGGCAGCGGCGCGAGCAGCUGCUCGGACGAGCCCAUGAAGAUCAGCGUCGGCGCCAUGGGAGCUGGGCGUGUAUUUCCGCCCGGCUUGGAGAACGACCACAGCGGUGAGGCCCUCCAGGAGCUGGACCACAGGCACAAUCUGUCGAUGGCGCUGCAGUAUGGUGAUCAGAAGGGCGCAGUCGUGAACCCGUACUUCGACCCGAUGAUGAUGAUGGGCAUGGGAGGCUACGAGUUUGCUAUGAUGCACGGUUUCGCGCGCGGGGGCUUCGGAGAAGCCAGCGCGGACGGAACACCCAUACUCGACGACUCGUCGAUGUACGCGAGGGAUGUCUGCUUCGAUGGUGGUCUCGGCAUGGAUUUGCCUAUCGGCAGCUGGGGCUACGGUGGCAGCCAUCUGUUCCUCGGCUCGUAGCUGAGGCUCUCCUCUCGCGACCGCGCUUGGGGCUUCGCACUUCUGCCGCGGCACACCGGCGUGUCCGCUCGAAUACCUCGCUCCCGCGCUCGCCGCGCAAUUCGAGGUUUCGUCUUCCUCCUUUUCCUCCUUUUCCUCCUCCUCCCCCUCAUCAUUUUCCCCCUCCCACGCCAGUUGAAGACGCCUCCAGUGGCAGGGUCCUGUACCCAGCAGGUGCUCCCAUUCAAUGGCGCGAAGCAAACAGCAAGACCCGGCUUGAAUGUCUGUGAUGCGGCGGGGAAUGAGGGAGAACGGAAGGGAGGGAGGAGGAGGGGUAGACCCCUCUCCUGCCCUGCUCCCCGCCCCCUCCGCCUGCUCGCUGCGCCCUCUCCGUCGGCCCCGGCCUGCGCAGGGCGGCAGGCACGGGCGCCGAGGUUUCAAGGGAGAGGCGGCGCUCGCCGGGGUGGAGUGCGACCCCUAGCUCUCGCGUCUCAUGUUCCGACGCCUAAUUCGCACGGUCUUUCGGCCACGCGUGCUGCACAGGAGGCCGGGUGGAGGCAGAUUUUCGGGCCGUGCCGGCCUGCACUCGGGGGAGACGCACGCGGCGGGCUGCGGAGGCAGGGUGGCCAUGGCCAAACUUUAAGACCACAUGAAGUGAUGGUUCGGACACCCCGAGUCCCGAGUGCACGUGCAAGCCGCAAAGAGAUUCGAAUUGCUGCGCAGUGCGAGGCGUCAGCCGAUCGCCUUCCGGCUAAUAUUGCUGCCGUCGAGAGCUGGAUGUGUCCAGCCUGAGCCAUGACGGCCCGCGCUGGUUUUUCCAAUCCGUGAGCCCUCCCAACUGCUCUUCGAUCCUCCUAGCUGCUCUUCGAUCACUGCUCCUUCAUCCAUCCUCCUACUCUGCAGUGCCUCCGUUGUGAUCGAGACAUCUAGUUACCGGCGAAAGUCCGGAACAUUUUGUCACUGGUGUCAUUGCGACGUGGAGCGUGCAGCAAGGGCGCAUAGCUAAGGGAAGAAGACGGGGAGCGUGAGAGGAGCGAACGACUCAACGAAAGUCGCACUUUUCCUUUUUAAGACCUUCUCUGGUGCCGCAGUCAGCGGGGCGGGCACGAGCGUAGUGAGCGCAGUGGCCCGUGUACACGGAGGGGCAUUAUUUUCUACCUGCGCGGAGCUUGGCAUAUGCUAGCAACGGUUUCUUUAUAUCGCGCGGCUGCUCUCGGAGCCCCGCGCUUGUCCGAGAUAUUUGCGUGUGCGUGUGUGUGCAGAGGCUGGUCCCCGAAGUCUCAUUCAAACCUGCAUUUGCGCACACACUCGCUGCGGGUGUAUGCGCAGGUGGCACGC